GCUGUCUCGCAAUCUGUCUCGGUCGCCCCUGGAGACAGCGAAGCUCUCCGUAGAGAAGCGCUAUGAGGAGCUUGAACUUUACGCCCGCAAGUUGGAGAAGGAGAGAGCAAAGAUUGAAGCAGACCCCAUGCUCUUCUCAGACGAUGUUUUCACCAUUGAGCCCUUGGAGGGAGAGGUUGGGCCACACUCUUCAGCUGAGAUCAAGGUGUUCUUUAAACCCCGAGAAGCCCAAGACUAUAGAAAAGUGGCCUACUGUUCCAUCUCAGGCCGUGAGAGCAGGCUGCCCCUGCACCUCACAGGGGAAGGCCUCAGGCCCUGCCUCCGUUUCAAGUUUGCGGAACUGGACAUGGGGAGAGUUUUGGUUGGAGAAGCCUACAGCUAUGAGGCAAUCCUGGUUAACACAGGAGCUAUCAACGCUCCCUUCAAGCUCAUCCCUCCAACCACAGCCCACGGCUCCUGCUUCACCUUUCAGCCCCAGCAGGGCAUCGUUCCACGCAAUGGGAUCCUGCCCAUCCAGAUCUUCUUCAGUUCCAGCACCCUGGGGGAGUUCGAGGAAGAGUUCCAUUUCAAUGUGGCUGAAUGCCCUAAGCCUGUGACCUUGACUAUCAGGGGCCACGUCACCGGACUGAGCCUGCAUUUCAGCACAGGUGGCCUUGACUUCAAUGACGUCUCCUUUGGCUUUCCUCAGACCUUGUCGUGCCACCUGAUCAACACCUCUGUGGUGCCCAUCACCUUCCAUCUUCGCAUCCCUGAGGACGGCCAGGGACAGCCCAGCCUUUCCAGCUUUGACCAAGUGAAAUACAACACUCAUCCCUCCUGGGAAAAAGGCACACUGGCUCCAUGUCAGGAGAAGCCAAGGGAGUUCACCAUAACACCCAGCACAGGGACCAUCCCUGCCCAGGGAUUCCAGGAGAUCAAGGUCACGCUGUGUUCCAAUGACGUGGGACAGUACGACUGUGAUAUGGUGGUGGACGUGGAUGGUUUUGGCAAGGAGGUGUUGGCUCUGCGCCUCAAAGCCAGAUGUGUCGUUCCUGAGCUGCGUUUGCUCUCCUCCACCCUCGACUGCGGACCGUGCUCUGCAAAGGUCCCUUGCCAGAAGAGGAUCACCCUUGUGAACCCGAGCCCCCUUCCAGGAUGCUACAGAGUUCUCCCUCAGAGACACCAAGAGGCCGCUACUCUGUGGUACUCCAGCCCCAAGCCAUGUGGGAUUAUCCAGGGUCACAACACGGUGGAGAUCCCAAUUACAGCUGAAGUCCAGGCGGUGGGUGCUCAUUCCAUCCUGGUGGAUAUCGCCGUGUUCGGGAAGGAGAGAUCCCCACUGCAAAUGCAUUUAAUGGGCACUGGAGAGACGCCCCUUGUCUAUGCAAGUGUGAAUAAGAUAAACUUCGGACAGAUCCAAGCGAUACAGGACACUUCCCAAACUCUCCAGCUGUGCAAUCAGGGUCUCAUCCCUGCAGCCUUCAGAGUAGAGAUCGGUGACAGAUGCUUGAGGAUUGAACCCAGGGAAGGAGUGGUCCCUGCCAAGGCUGAGAUUCCUGUUGUUGUCACAGCAAACCUGGAUGACACAGGGAGAUUUGAGGAUAGCAUGAAGCUGUUCAUUGAGAACAGCCUCACCAGUGUCAUCCCCAUCCAGGCUGUGGGCAUCGGCACCACAAUUACCAUUGACAAACCGUUUGCGCCGGAGCUGAGUUUGGAACCCCAGUUCAACCUCCUUCCCUGCAUUUUGCGAUUCAGAGUAACAAACAAGGGGCGGCAGUUCCAGCGGCUGUUCUGGAGCACAGAAGGUUUCAGCACCUUUCGACAGCGUCAUCCUCUCCCUGCCCUCAGUGUCACCAAGGGCCAAAAUGGUUCCCCUGUAUUUAAGCUGCGGCCACGGAGUAUGAAUCUGCAGCCAGGCGAGACUAUGGAGCUGGUGGUUGAAGGUUUCUCCAGCAUUGUCCAGGAGGUGGAGGAGAAACUGGUGUGUGAGGCAAUCGUGGAGCCAGAGAUAACAAAGAAACAGAUAAUCAAGACAAAAGUCACCUGCAAGUUCAUUUCUCCCACUGUGCAAAUAUCAUCCAGAGCAAUCACUUUCCGUGUGGAGAAGUACCCUGAUGAUGUCCUGACUCUUCAGUACAAGCCUCUGUCUUUAAAAAACACCUGCUGCCUGCCAUUCCACCUUUUGCUGGACUUGGAGAAGCCAUUCCUAAUCUGUGAUGCAAACCAGCAGCCCCUCCCUGCAGGGGCCCAGCCUGUGAAGAUGGAGGCAGGGCAGGAACUUCAUCUCUCCAUCGGCUUUAACCCAGCCUAUGAAAAGGAUCCGAUCAGCUGGGUAGCACAGAAGACUAUGAAGAUCCGGCUUGUGGAACAUCCUUAUGAGGAAGAGAUCACCGUUCGGGGAGACGUCUACUUCCCGAAUCUCCGUAUCCCGACCAAAGCACUGGACUUUGGUUGCAUCAUGAGUGGCAAAGAGCAAGUCCAUUACGUGGAGAUGACCAACUACAGCCCCAUUCCUGCCCAGUACCACUGGUCACUCCAGGUGGACAGCAGGAAGUACCCAACACGGUUCAUACCUUCCCCACCUACCUCCAAACGCCAACCACAAAUGUUCACGUUUGGCUGUGAUGAGUGUGGGUGGUAUUCAAGGAGGUACUUCAGGCCUGGCAGUGUGCAGAAGCCAGCCGAAGCCCCGGAAGCAGCGCAGAAGUCUUCCCAACAGUCAGCACACUGCCAGGAAACAGAAGAGGGUUCUUCCCAAAAGACAUCAAAGAACUGCGUGGAAACAGAAGAGGAUUCUUCUGAAGAGUCAUCAGAUUCAGAGGACUCCUUGGAAACAGAGCAAGAAUCUUCCCUACAGUCAUCAGAGUCAGAGAACUGCGUGGAAACAGACCAGGAUUCUUCUGAAGAGUCAUCAGAUUCAGAGGACUCCCUGGACACAGAGGACGAUUCUCCUGAACAGUCAUCACCAGAGAAGUCCCCGGAAACAAAGCAGGACUCUUCCCAGAAGUCAUCUCAUUCAGAAGACUCCCCGGAAGCAAAGGUGCCACCAUCCACUGCUGCAGGGCCUCAGAGCUCAGCAGAGACGGAGGAUUCUGGGCAGUCAGAGGAGGCAAAGCCCCCUGGCUUCAGAGCGGAGGAG